AGCCGCACCAACGCCAGCCCGCCGCCAGUGAGCUGCUAGCCGGGACCGGGAGCCGGGAGCAGGGAGCCGGCCGGACGCGCGGACAGGCCCGGCGAGCGCCGCGGCGCUGAUGGAAACGAAUUCAUUGGCAGCUACACACCGAGAACGAGAAAGGCUUCAAAACUCUUCUGGAGCUACUUAGCGAGGAGAGUUACUGCUGAAGACGAGGAUGGCUUAUUUCCAUCUUACAGGUGUCCUUGAGUGAGGGUAGCAGGGAGUGAAAGAGGAGGAGAAAAGAAAAUUAAGAAAGGUAUAUGAGUUUUGGACUUUUCCACACCCAGAGUCAGAAUGCUGCUCCUCUGUCAUGCCCUCACUGUAGCUGUGGCCCAGACCUUUAUCUUCUCAGAAAACCGGGCAUUUGCCAAGAACAUCAACUUCUAUAACGUGCGGCCUCCUCUUGACCCGACACCGUUUCCAAACAGCUUCAAGUGUUUUACCUGUGAAAAUGCAGGGGAUAAUUAUAACUGCAAUCGAUGGGCGGAAGACAAAUGGUGCCCACAAAAUACACAGUACUGUUUGACAGUACAUCACUUUACCAGUCAUGGAAGGAGUACAUCCAUCACCAAAAAGUGUGCCUCCACAAGCGAAUGUCAUUUUGUUGGCUGCCACCACAGCCGAGAUUCUGAACACACGGAGUGUAGGUCUUGCUGUGAAGGGAUGAUCUGCAAUGUAGAGUUACCCACCAACCACACUAAUGCGGUCUUUGCUGUGAUGCAUGCUCAGAGGACGUCUGGCAGCUGUGCCCCUGCGCUCCACCUACUACUGCUGGCCUGGGCCUUCGUGCUGUUGUUGAUGUGAUACCACCAUUCCUGGGAGAGGCAGAGACCAGCCCUCUAAAGCACAAGCCAACAACUGUAUAAACAGUGAACUUUGGAGUGAAGACCAAUCUUGCACUUGGUGAAGAAUGCUCAUUGGACCCCAAAGCAGAAGCCAGUUGUUGCUUAGCUAAAAUGCUCCUGCACGAGGCCACUGAGGAAGAGGACUUGGCAGGGACUGAGGGAUUAUGUGGAUUUUAUAUUUCUUGAUCAGAGGGGCUGCAUUUUGUCACUUCUGCAAGGAGAGUCUUGCCAGCAUCUACUACGGGCAGGUUCAGUAGCCUGUAUUGUCCCCACCUGACCAGGCCUGCAGCAGAAAGGACUCCUUGACCUGAUCAACUCCUUCAGGGGCUGCUGGAUCAGACCCUCUCUUUUCCGUGAUUAGCUCAGAGCAUUUCUAUGAAAUAUAACCCUUCCCCAAUAAGAAAGCAAUUUCCCCGCCAACGGUGUAGUCAAUGAGAAGGGCAACUACAGGAAGAAAACUUCCAGUUGAACUAAUAUGAAACCCAUUUGCUAAUUGUGGGGGGAAAUAAAACUUUUAAAUUAU